AGUUAGUUCCAGUAGUUCUCUCUUCAGCAGAUCUGAUUUCAAGCCAACAAAAUGGGUCGUUUUGAUAAACCACUUGCAAUGAAAGGCGACAUUGAGGUUUUAAUUAAAGGCCGUGUGACACCUGCCAUCAACAAAUUUGUCAACAAUAUGCCUGAAGACAAGUGGAGACAUUUGGAGUCAGGAGAUCCAGACCAAGACACCAGGUACAUGAUAGUCCACCUGUUAAAACACAUAGUUAACGCCUUGUCAGGUCUGGUUUUGGACAGAAUCAGGAACUUUAAAUACAAUUAUGGGGACGUAAAACACAUAAUUGGAAACAGAAUUCCUGAAGCCUUUGCUCAAAUCAUGGGCAUUGAAGAAAACUACCAAUCUGAGACUACAGAGAUUUUUAAUGUGCUUUUCAUCAAACACGUGAUCACAGAGGUCACACGUCGCUUCGAUCAGGAAGACCCAAAACAGUGGCUCAACAUCAGCUUCCGAUCCAACUCUUUGAUUCAAAAUGUUGCCAUCAUGCUCCAAGAACUGAUGGCGAGGAAACACGCGAUCGACACAGAGAAAACAACAAGACCUGUUCAUGCUGUGGAAGAGUCUCCAAUGAAGUCACCAAGAAAUCCUCCAAAAAGUAAGACCAGGAGAGUACAUUGGAGACAAUCUCGGGUGUCACCAGCAGAUUUCCCAGGUACAAAAGACACCCAGGUGAAACACCCAGAGAAGGUAACAAACACUCCUAAGGAUGGGAUAUUUGAGUUUACACCUCGGGAGGAUUUUGAAUCUGAAGAGAUGAAAGACGAUAUAAGGCUUUUCGUGAAGUGGUUGAUGGGUAGAAGCGUUGCAAAGUCAAAGAUGUCUUGCUGUUUUAAUGCACUUAAAGCCACAGAAGAAAGAGUUGUUGAGAAAAUCUGGGCUAAAAUUAAGGGACAAAAUUUUCAAAUCAAACAGAAAUGGUUUCCAAGCCUCAGCAAGAAGGUGUUUGAUGACGUAAAAAAGAUGCUGGGCUGUCCAUCUCAAUAUGUGUUGGGUUUCAUGCAGUCCGAACACAAGUUAAUCGACAAUGCAAUUGUAUCAUCUUUCAAAAAUCAACUGUGGAAGCAACAGGAAAAGAGAGAUUGUUCAAUCAAAAAGUUGCUUUCUUGUAUAGGUAGAACCAUAAUGACAUGCAAACUCUUUGGGAAAAAGUCAGAUGGGAAAUCUGCAGUUUAGUGCUGAUGAACUACCAUAGUCCAAAAAAGACAGUUUGCAUGUUUUACUUAUGUGUGUCUGUGUGUGUGGGUUCUCUCCGGGUACUCCGGCUUCCUCCCACAGUCAGAAAAACAAAAAAGACAGAGGUAAUUUGGUCUCACCAAAUUGUCCUCAGGUGUGUGUGCGUGUGUGUGUGCGUAGUUGUUUGUCUCUAUGUUGCCCUGUGACGGACUAGCGACAUGUCCCCACCCUUGGGCCCCCCCUGUUUUUUUCAUAGGGACACAGAACAAAAGAAUGAAACAAAGAUAAUAUUUAAGGCAAUAUUUCAUCACUGAAUAUAUUAAGUGAGCCAUAGAGCCAAAGGGCCACUUAGGUUGCAGACCCCUGAACCUAAGUGGCCUUAGGUUGGGGUCUUGUUCACGAAUGAGGGGAAGAUGGAGCGGGAGAUCGACAGGCAGA